UGUAGCCUUUCACAAUCAGCCAAUCAGCCCUCCCCCUGUCCAAGUGGCGUUAAUAACCAGACACUGAGAGGAAGCUACGGAGCAGAUGAAGAUGAAUCCAUGGACCCUCUCUGUGCUCCUGCUGCUAGCUGGGCCGCUGGGGGCGGACCCUGACUGGCACGUGGAGUACCCUGACUCCUUCUGCGUGGUGGAGGGCUCCACCGCCACCAUCUCCUGCAGCUUCACCCACCCCGCGGGGCACCGGGUGGAGCGGGUGGUCUGGUGCCCCAAUGACGAGAUCUGCCACAGCACCACGCCCAACGUGUACAACAGCAGAAACAUCAUUGCGGACAACAGGUUCCUGUACCUGGGGGACCUCGUCGGGAACUGCACCUCGAAGAUCAUCAAGACGGUGAAACGGGACACUGCGAUGUACCGCUUCCGCAUCGUGACCAACGGCGAUCAGUACACCGGACCGAGAGGAGUCAUGGUCACCGUCACUGAUGGAGAGGAUGUGAAGGUCAGAAGCUCCGUCACUGACAAUGUGGUGAAAGAGGGCGGUCAGGUCACACUCACCUGUACCUCAGCCUGCUCCUUCCACCAAUUGGACGUCCACUGGUACAGAAAUGGCCACGCCCUAUCAGAGACAAGCCCCGCCCUCCACCUCAGCAAUCUGGCCAAUGACGACACAGGGGAUUACACCUGCUCUCUGGACUCCAGUGGGCAGAAGACCUCUGCGCCUUGGAGUCUGGUCGUGUUGGUAGAUGAAGGAUUCCACAGGUCCGUCCACCUGGUGGUUGCCGUGGUGAAGGGCGUGGUGUUGGCGGUUCUCCUUCUCCUCCUGGCUGGGGUUGUCUUCCCUAAAUGGUGCUCAAACAAAACCAAUCAAAUAAAAAAAAGCUGUUUGUCGAUAUGAGACAUUGAAGUUGAUUAAAAAAAAACUAUUUGUAUGCGUUAAGAUUAAAGUAGAAUAUUUCAUGUUAAUGAAUGUGUUAAAGUGGAUUGUGUCUUAUCUGAGUCAGACUGAGAGACUCUGGGGCUGGUGGGGCUGCACACCUGUUGUGCGUUGGCUAUUCAAUGCUCACAGGUUAAACCAGCCGUCACCACACACACUCAGGAGAUCACCUAGAUGGCAGCAUGGAUCACCAUCUUCGUGUGGCAGGGACUUCAACAUCUGCAAUAAACCGGUUUGAACUUCA